GUGUACAUAUGUGUGUGUGUGUGUGUAGAGAGAGAGAGAGAGAGAGAGAGCGAUGGGUGUGACGAGUGAGGAAAUCCCAUAAAAAGCCAUGUGUGACCCAGAUGAGAGAAACUCACUCCGUGACUGUGGAGCAGAGAAGGUAAACACAAAGACAUGAUCUGGACCGUGUUUCUGCUCAUCCACGCUGUUCUGCUCUACUUCAUCCUCACACACCGGAGCAGGUCCAAAGGUGAGCCACCCUUAGACAAAGGAAUUGUCCCGUGGUUGGGCCACGCUCUUGAGUUUGGAAGAGAUGUUUCAAAGUUCUUGAACCGAAUGAAGCAAAAACAUGGCGACAUUUUCACAGUGCGUGUCGCCGGACGCUACGUGACGGUGCUGCUGGACCCACACUCGUACGACCAGGUCAUCCACGACCCCGAGUCCCUGGACUUCACACGCUACGCUCGGGUCCUGAUGGACCGGAUCUUCAACCUGAGGCUCCCGCACCAGCAGCCCGAACGAUCCAAAGCCCUGAUGAAAAAGCAUUUUGUGGGAACUAAUCUGAACGCCCUGAACAGCAGCACGAGUCGACACCUGCAGGCGCUGCUGAAAGGCGAGAUGCCUUCGAACCAGAAACACUGGAAAGACGAGGAACUGUUCGACUUCUCAUACAGGAUACUGUUCAAGGCGGGGUACCUGACGCUGUUUGGCGGAGAACAGAACAACAACGGCUCGGACCCCUCCAGGGUCUACCAGGAAUACAAGGUGUUCGACGGACUGCUCAGCAAACUGGCCAGGGGAACGCUCAAGCCAGAGGAGAAGAAGGCCUCCCAGAAAGUUCAGCAGAGGCUGUUGGAGCUCCUGGCUCCUGCAGGUGGAGCCGAGAACCAGGGCUCCAGCUCCUGGGUCCGUGGCUACAGACUGCUGCUGCAGGAGGACGGGGUGGACGAGGACAUGCAGAAGAAGGCUCUACUGAUGCAGCUGUGGGCCACACAGGGUAAUGUUGGUCCUGCUGCAUUCUGGCUGCUGGGGUAUCUGUUGACCAAUCCUGACGCAAUGACGGCGGUGAGGAAAGAGUUCAGCCGCGUUUCACAAUCAACCACGUCAGAGCUGAACCUCAUGGACACGCCCGUGAACACACCUGUGUUUGAUAGUGCUUUAGAAGAGACACUGAGACUCACUGCUGCCCCCUUCAUCACCAGAGAGGUGGUGCAGGAGAAGACCCUCCACAUGUCCGAUGGCCAUGAAUACCUGCUGCGGAAAGGAGACCGGUUGUGUUUGUUCCCUUUCAACAGUCCGCAGAUGGACCCUGAGAUUUACCACGAACCACAGAAGUUCAAGUUUGACCGCUUCCUGAAUAAAGACGGAUCAGCCAAGAAUAUUUUUUAUAAAGGAGGCAAGCAGCUGAAAUACUUCUCCAUGCCCUGGGGGGCAGGAACCAACGGCUGCGUGGGCAAACAGUACGCCGUCAACACCAUCAGGAAGUUUGUUUACCUGAUGGUCACCAACUAUGACAUGCAGCUGCGCGACGCACACGCUCAGAUGCCCGAGGUAGACGCCAGUCGUUACGGGCUGGGGUUGCUGCAGCCAGUGGGGGACUUGAACUUCCGCUACAGACCGAGGGAAACGCACUGAGACGUCGGACAAACACGGGCGGAGUUUUUUUUGUACAUUUCAACAGAUGCACCUUGUCGCUUUUUUUACGUCACUAUUUAUAUUUAAUGUGUAAACUUUGACUUUGUAUUAUUUAUGAACUGUUGUAAAUUAUGCACUGUGUUUAGUGUAGUGUCGUCACUUUGUUGUCUCUGCGACCAUUGGUUGUCGUUGACCAUUGGUUGGUAACUUUGUACUGUUUUGACUAAAACUGAGUUAUUACGACUACA